GAGAUUCUACAUAUAGAGGUAGAAGCGAGUCGCGAGCCGAUUCAGUCUGGUUGAAGCCACGCGACAUUACGACGCUGUGCCGAAUCGCGCAAGUCCAACCGCCGCUUUUUGUCCAGGUGUCAUAUUGUCAAGCUUCGGCCGAGUGACCGCGAGAAACACCACGUGCUCCUCUCUUCUCCCUGCUCGCAACGUAACACGAGGUGGAGCACAGCUGAUCGAUCUUCGUCUCAGCAUUGACGUGGACCAGUUCGUGAGACAUGGAGCAAACUGGCAUCUCGAUAAUACAGACUGGUGCGAUCACCGCCAGUACAGCGGGAAAAUCGAAAAGCGUUGGCAUCCCGUUCAAUCCGAGCUCCAGCAUACAGACUGCCACGAAGAAGUUCAAAAUACCAUGGCUGAGCAAUUUGAUGAGAGAGGAUGCAUCCGGCUGGAAGACGCUGUGCAUUGCCGUUAGCGAGGCGAUCGGCACCGCCAUUCUGGUCUUCGUUGGAUGUACAGGGUGUAUCGGAAGCUUGGGUGUUCAUCCGAACGUGAUGCAGAUCUCUCUGGCCUUUGGACUAGGUGCCAUGAUAGCUAUACAGUGUAUUGGACACAUCAGUGGAGCGCACAUAAAUCCCUCCAUAACAGUGGCAGCUCUGAUCCUAGGGAAAGUCUCUCUGCCCAUGACCUUCCUCUACAUUUGUUCCCAGUGUAUCGGUGGACUGAUAGGCUUCGGUCUGAUUAGGGUGAUAACACCGGUGCAGCUAAUGUACACCGCGCAGGGGGCAGGAGACACCUUCUGCAUGACGGACAUUCACGCAGAUCUGACCACUCUUCAGGGUGCCAUGGCGGAGGUCUUGGCCACUGGGCUUCUCGUCUUCUUCGCUUGCGGUCUAUGGGACUGUCGAAACGCCGCCAACACAGACUCGGCACCAAUGAGAGUUGGCUUCUGCAUCACCGUCCUGUGUCUCAUUUUCAUCCCAUACACUGGCUGCAGUUUGAAUCCGGCGAGGACACUAGGUCCAGCCAUCUGGAAUGGCUACUGGACUAAUCAUUGGGUCUUCUGGAUUGGUCCAAUCGGUGGCGCUAUCGUGUCGUCGUUGCUGUAUCGAUGUCUGUUUCUUUGCAAGACUACCGAGUCUGAAUAGCGGACAACGUCGGAACAGUGCUGCAGGAUGAUGAAUGGCGAUGCGAGCAGAAUCGUAUUCAGAUGGUCCGUAGUUCACAAUUCGAGCGAGAAAUCCUAAUCGUGUCGCGGAAGCCGAAAGUGGGGGACGAUCGCAGGGCCGAGUAAAGGAUCGAGGAUCGAGAAGAGGCGGAAACUUGGCGGAACGUGAGGCGAGAAGGACUUCUCGGUUGCGCAGACCGAUUUUCCCAAACGAUUCGUUCUCUUCUUAGAUCGAUAUCAUCUCCUCUUACGUAUAUUUUUCUACGAAGUACGUAAUUUCCGAACCGCGGCGCAAAGUUUCGCGUAAUUUCGAUGGAAAGUUUCCGAGAGGGAGACAAGAGAGGGAAGCGUCGUAGAAUGAAAAUUGUUCGUAGAAUUCUUUGUCUGUGAAUAAAACGCGGGAAAGGAUUGCCGAUUGUUUUCAAUGCCUCGUUUAUCGAAUGGAUAGGUCACGGAAGAAUCGAAUUCUUCGAUCUAUUGCGUUUUUAAAAUUACGAAAUUCAGAAUUUGCCAAAAGCGAUCGAGAUGUGUGCACGCAGAGGCAGAAAUAAAUUUGAUACGUUUUAAGAAA